ACUUAAUUUAUAAAUAAAAUGGGUUCAUCCGAUAAGAAGCAACAGAAAGUCCAAUCCUCUGGAUUCACCAAGGAAGAAGAAUUGCUACUCCAAGAUUUCAGCCGUAAUGUGAGCACAAAGUCGUCGGCCCUUUUCUACGGCAAUGCCUUCAUCAUCUCUGCCAUCCCCAUCUGGCUCUUUUGGCGUGUCCACAAUAUGGACCUGUUGUCCAGUGCUAUUUUCUUCGUUCUAAUGACUGGCGCCAGCACAUAUCUAAUGGCAAUGGCCUACAAGAACAUUAAAUUCCAAUUGAAGCACAAGAUUGCUGUACGCCGGGAAGCCGCAGUUACUCGUGAAAUCAACCGCCAAAUGGGAGAUGAUAAGAAAGUCACUCGCAAAGAAAAGGAGGAACGCAUCUUGUGGAAAAAGAACGAAGUAGCCGACUACGAAGCUACCACCUACUCUAUAUUUUACAACAAUGCUUUAUUCUUGGCCAUCACCAUUUUCAUUAGCUUCUUCUUGUUGAAAAACUCUGCUCCCUUGGUAAAUUACUUCUUCUCCAUUGGUUUGGCUAGUGGUGCCUUGGCACUUUUCUCCACCAGCACGCAAACUAAUUAGACGACGUGUCAA